CACAGCCCGGGAGCACUGCCUCUCUCUUGCUGCUGCUCAAGAUUAAUUUUUUUUUCCUUUCCUUCUCGUUUCAUCAGCAAAGAAGCAGCGGCUGCCAAGAGCUCUCUGCCUUGCUUGGCUAAAGGGUAUAAAUACCCUGGGGGGAGCUCCACGGGGAUCAGUAGCAGCUGCUGAGACCAGAGCAUUCAUUGCCUCCACUGGGUCCUUUGCUGAUCCUCUCUCUAGCUUUGAGAGAUCUCCCCCCAUCUCCUCCCCAGGCAGGAGCCACAACUUCUCGGGGACUCACAGAGAUCCAUCUAGAGCAACAGAGCCUUCAAGAAAACCAGACGGUGUCAUCUUCAGCUUGAUUUCCAUUGAGUAGAGAAUGGCUGUGAGCCCUGCCCGCUCUUGGACCGUUCCUUUGGGAUGCUUGCUGAUUCUGAUGCAUGAAGCUCAUUGUUUCAUCUUGCCCAAUGCUACUUACCUGGAGAGCCUCCUGAGCAGGUACCAGGAUGAGGAGCCUCGCUCCAGAGCCAAGAGGAGCAUCCCAUGGUCGGACAGAGAGGAGAUUUUGAUGCUCCACAACAAACUGAGGGGCCAGGUCUACCCUUCAGCCUCCAAUAUGGAGUACAUGACGUGGGAUGAUGAGCUGGAGAGAUCUGCUGAGGCUUGGGCUCAUGAAUGCAUCUGGGACCAUGGACCUGCCAACCUCCUCCCAUCCAUUGGUCAGAACUUGGCAGUUCAUUGGGGCAGGUAUCGCACCCCAGCCUUCCAUGUCCAGUCUUGGUAUGAUGAAGUUAAGGAUUAUACUUACCCGUAUCCACAUGAAUGUAAUCCCUGGUGUCCAGAGAGGUGCUCAGGAGCUAUGUGCACUCACUAUACCCAGAUCGUCUGGGCCACCACCACCAAGAUGGGCUGCGCUGUCAACGUCUGCAAGAAGAUGAACGUGUGGGGUGACGUCUGGGAAAAUGCCGUUUACCUGGUCUGCAACUACUCUCCUAAGGGGAACUGGAUUGGAGAAGCCCCGUAUAAAAAUGGCAGGCCCUGCUCUGAAUGCCCACCCAGCUACGGGGGCAGCUGCAAGGACAAUCUCUGUUACAAAGAUAACCAUUAUGCCCAAAAACCUGAGACGGAUGAGACUAACGAAGUGGAGACUCCGCCAAAUGCAGAGGAAAAAUAUGUGUGGGCGCAUGAGCCGGUGAACAAACCCAGAGCAACCAAGCCCAAGAAAACAACCCCUGCGGACCACUACAUGACUCAAGCCAUUAAGUGUGACACCAAAAUGAGGGACAGCUGCAAAGGGUCAACGUGCAACAGGUAUCUGUGUCCUGCUGGCUGCAUGAACAGCAAAGCCAAAGUCUUUGGGACGUUCCAGUACGAGAGUUCUUCCAGUAUUUGCCGUGCUGCUCUUCAUUUUGGUGUUAUUGAUAACAGAGGAGGCCUGGUUGACAUCACUAGGAAAGGGAGAACACCGUCUUUUGUGAAGUCCACAAGACAUGGUGUUGAAACAUUAAGUAAAAAUAAACCUUCAAAUGCAUUCAUGGUCUCCCAAGUAACAGUGCAGACGCUGGAUUGUUAUACCACGGUAGCUGAACUGUGUCAGUUCAAAAAGCCAGCGGCUCACUGCCCUAGGGUGUACUGUCCAGCUUACUGUAAAGACGAGCCUUCGUACUGGGCACCAGUGUAUGGCACGAAUAUUUAUGCAGAUAAUUCCAGUAUCUGCAAAACUGCUGUGCAUGCAGGGAUCAUUACCGACGGGGAGGGUGGUUACGUGGAUGUGAUGCCUGUGGAUAAGAAGAAAUACUACAAUGGCUCUUUGAAGAAUGGAAUCAAGUCUGAGAGCUUGAAGAGUCCUAGAGAGGGGAAGGCUUUCCGGAUUUUUGCUGUUAAGCAGUAAAUUCCCGAGGACGUUGCCAAGUACCUUUCCAAGAGUGAUCCACUGAUCUCAACACACAGGAGCGCUCAGCUGAUGGCAUCUGCUCUGGCAUGUAUACCCUCCCGGCCAACCUCUUUCAGGGAAGAAAAGAACAAGUCACCAAGAAGUUCCGACUCAACUGUCCGCAUCUCAAUGGCAUCAGUUCAGUGUUGUUGGUUUUUUUUUUAAUUAUUAUUAUUAUUAUUUUGUUUUGUUGGUUUAUUUUUUUAAUCCUGGGGCAUUCAGCAAUAACAGACUGGUGUAUCUUUCCAUUUGAAAAGAGGCGUGAUGACCACAGCAAGCAUGGGUUAACUUUCAAUCAGCAUAGAAGUCUUCUAUGGGCCCCCAUCUAGUACUUCAGCUUUCGAAGUUCAUGCUCAUAUGGCAGUGACGGCACAUCUCGGCGAGCAGAAUCAAAAGUGAAAUAUUGUACAAGGGGUGGGCCCUUUGAAAUACGUUCUUUUAAAGUCACGGCUCUUUCAGAGGUGGGGAGCAUGGUUUCUUUGGAAGCAUGUUUAGUUCGUUUGAUUUUUAAAAAUUUUUUUUAAGAACAACCCAUUUUUGUCUUCCUAGUCAGGUAACAUGUGCACAAGAAAUGUUGAGGUAGAUUGGUGAUGUGUUGCAUUAGGUCAAGUAAAUGAUGAUGUCACGUGCGGUAGGACAUCCGGAGAGGGCUGAAAGAUUCCUGGAGUUGAAAUUCCUUGGAAAAUGGUAUGAAAGCAUGUAAAGGGGGCAAAGAUCCCCCUGCUCAGAAAGUGAGGACCCCAGAAAAACCAAACUGUGGGUUUGGUGUUUGCUGGUCAAACAUUUGCAAGUGCUUAGCGCAUUGGGUGACCCAUAACAAGUUGAGGAAUUAGUGCUCCUGUCCUGGCACAUCUCCAAGUUAUACUGCGCACCAUUUUUUAUUUACAGUUAAAUGCAAUUUAUUGUUCUAUACAGCAGUGCUGGUUUUAUAUGUAGUAAUUUAGCAAGGAUAAAAUGUUAAUCUUAUUUUUGUUAGACAUGGGUGCAUCCAUGUAAAGCAUCUUCACUUUAACCCUAAUGGAGAUAUUUUGUACAGUUCUGAGGCUUUAAAUAUAUGGAAUGUAAGGGGGCUGGAUCAUGACCUUGCAUACAGUUGGUAUGAUUUCCAGCAUGAUGAUUAUAUCUGUGAGCAUUCAAGGUGUUGGUUGUUUUGGGCUUUUUUAAGUUUUUAAUUUAAUUACUUUGUGAUUUCAGAUUUUGCUCCCAAUAGGCGUGUCCUGAAAAGCGUACCCGUGUGGUUUGCAGUGCCACAAGCUCAUUCGAGUACAGUGCAUGUGAGCCCAUUUGCCACUCGUUCGAGUGCAUGUGAGCCCAUUUGCCACGUUACUAAUUAGCAGCAUGGCAUUUUUUUUUUGACACUGGAAGAUCCUAGUGUCAAAACCCCCCCUGCUACUAAAAAAAGCAGCAUA